UCCACUUUCGAGGGCCUCAGUUGCCCUUUUAGGAAAGUGUCCAAUGCUGCUCCUCAAUGUUUGUAUCUUUUUAUAUCGUUUGCCGGCAAAAUCUCCUUCCUGAUCAACCCCCCCCGAAAAUACCAUCUUAAGGCAUUCUUACAUUCAUCAAGACCUUGCUCCUUUCCAAUUGAACGCCUUCUAUGGGUGUGCAUCUACUUGUAUAACCUUCAUAGCUAUCCGGGGCUUCAUAUCUUCACCUAACAACAUCUUUCCCCCUCCCCUCCUUCUGCAUCCAUCCGAGCUUAUUUCAGCUCUCCAGGUUGGGUACCAAUCCCAAACUGCUUUUACAGGCAUUAGUAUUGCUCCUUCGGCCAUAUCCACUCCCAGUGCACGCUCUAUAAGACGCCUUUGCCGUUGACGUUUGCGGACUUCUGAGGAUUGAUGCUUUACUCAAUUCCUGUUUUGAUCAAACCGUCCAAUUAGUACAGCAAGAAACGCCGUCUAGAGGGGUGUAAAGCAAAUCAAGUCAUGGCAGCGGACGCUCUCGGUGCUAUUUUCCUAAUCAUUAUUACAAUCUUCAUUCCGCCGCUGGGUGUCUUCUUCAUUAGCGGAUGCUCCCCAGACCUCCUCAUUAAUAUUUGUCUCACACUACUUGGAUAUUUCCCGGGCCACAUCCACGCCUUCUACUGCGAGUACAUCUACUACGACCGGCGCGCAAGGGGCCAUCAAGGGCGGCUAGCCUGUGCCCGCGCCCCGGGCAUUUUCUCAGAGCGCAUUCAAAAUGGUGGCGACAUGACAACUGAAUACUAUUACCCUGCCCCGCCUGCUCAGACACCAGCAGCGCCAGCCACACCAUAUUCAGGCUCCCAAGUACCCCCAAGACAACAGUCGGGGUGGGCACGGUAAUUGAAUUUGACAGGAGUCUUGAACCCGUUUGCGGAUCAAUCUUCCAGUGGGGUCGUUUCAUGGACACACCUUUCAUAGACACCCCUGUAUCUGUGGAAAGGGGGUUGGUGCUUAAAACGAAUCAAGGUACUCAAAAGGGAGACAUGAUGGAAUUAACGAGGCCGAUGAAAAUGGGAUUUUUUAUUCUGGAGGAGAAACUAAUCAUGGUUAUGGGCGUUUGGAAUCACACUCAUCUCAUUCUGUUGGUUUCUUUCGAGCUAAGGAGAGGCAUUGUACACUAUUUUUUAUUUGGGGUUGUCGACAGAUACACCUGCUAUCUCUCCUUGAUCCAUACAUGCUUAUCGGGAGGUGGUUGGUAUACAGUAGUAGUACACUCUCAUUUUUGCCCUCACACAGCAAAUUAACAAUUCCCUAUGCACUUGCGGAUCCCUACAUUGUAUUAUUACUGUUGGCUAUGAAAUGAUAUACUUAAGCUUUAAACAUGGAAUCAUUGGCAAGGGAUUCAGUAGUUCACAAUAAUAUGACCUGCACCCCUGUUCGCAUUAUAUGAUGAGUAAGUAGCCUGUGAAGGGCACCUGUGCUGACAAAAGCAGCAAAUGGAUAAAUGGCAGUAUAGCUCGCUCCCGAAAAUGAUCAAGCAAG